UCCGGCCCUGCUGAGCGCAUACCAGGACCUGGACCCCUGCUUCGCUUCAUCCCCUCACCCUCACGCUCCUUUUUCUUUUUGCUUUCGCUUCCUUUUCCCUCCUGCAUCAUCGCCUCCACUCUGGAAUUAGCCACAUUCACUCGUCAUUGGUCAACAUUGCGUCUACUUCAUUCACAUAUCAAGCUUUGGCUCGUCUUGCCAGAGUUCGAUUCAGGCACCCUAUACGGCCCCUUCUUCGUCCGAACUUUCGAUAUUAUCAUCCGGCUGGCCGCUGUUCUGUCUAUAUCUCUGCAGUAACCAUGAGCUCGUCCGACGAAGACAUCCCUCUUGUGAAGGCUAAUGGCCGGUCUGCUCGCAAUUCCCUCCCGGCGAAAGCGGCCGCAAUGGACACAGAUGAGAAGAUGGACGAUGCCCCCAGCACGAACGGCCACGUCGAUCCCGGUGUGUCAAUCCGUUUCGGUCCUGUCCAAAGCCAAGAUAAGAUGGACGAUGCUGGGAGCGACGUCAAUGGUGACAGUACACACAAACGGAAGACACGAGAGAGUAUUAGCAAAAAGUCUUAUGCGGAGCCGGAAAGUAGCGAGGAGGAUGAACCCCUUAGCAAACGUCGUCGCACCUCUGUGAAACAUGAGGACCCGGAGACAGAAGGCAUACCGCUAGGUCUGAAUGGACGAAAGCUUCCCAAAGCCUCGGAGACUUCUAUUGGAGAGGAGUCUGAUUCAGAUGUCCCUAUUGGGAGGAAAUUGAUCUCUGAGAAGCGCAAGAUUGAGCAAGCUGCCGAAAAGGAGGCUAAGGCUAUCCGGAGUGGUGUUGCUCAAAAGGCAACAAACAACAAGAGGAAACAGGCCAACGGCGUUAAGAAGGAAGAGGCUGGUGAAGAAAAACCAGCCAAGAAACCCGCCACAAAGCGCGCUAGUAAACCGCUGAAGAAGGAACCCGAGUCAAAGCAGUCGACGCCUGUGAAGAAAGAAAAGGGGAGAUCGACCUCAGUCAAACAGGAGAGCGAAGAAGCCGAAGAGGACGAGGAAGAGUAUAGGUGGUGGGAGGAUCCAACAAAGGGCGACGGGACAAUUAAAUGGACAACCCUCGAACACAAUGGCGUCGUUUUCCCGCCACCCUACGAGCCACUUCCAGGGCACGUCAAGUUGAAAUACGACGGUGUUCCCGUCACCUUGCAUCCGGAAGCAGAAGAAGUGGCUGUUUUUUUUGGUACCAUGUUGAACGCUACGCAGCAUGUUGAAAACCCGGUUUUCCAGAAGAACUUCUUCAUGGAUUUCAAAGAAGUUCUGAAGAGGACAGGAGGCGCCACAGAUCACAAGGGCAACAGAAUUGAGAUAACAGAGUUCGGAAAAUGCGAUUUCCGGCUCAUCUUUGAAUAUCACGAGGCAAAACGUCAGGAGAAGCGAAAUCUCCCUCCUGCAGAGAAGAAGCGCUUGAAGGCCGAGAAAGAUGAAGCUGAAGCACCUUACAUGUACUGUAUGUGGGAUGGCCGCAAGCAAAAGGUCGGCAACUUCCGCAUUGAACCCCCGGGACUCUUCCGCGGUCGUGGUGAGCACCCGAAGACCGGUCGAGUGAAGACUAGAGUCCAGCCGGAGCAAAUCACAAUUAAUAUCGGAAAGGAGGCACGAGUUCCACCUCCACCGGAAGGUCGUCGUUGGAAAGAAGUGAAACACGAUCAAGAAGGAACCUGGCUAGCUAUGUGGCAGGAAAACAUAAACGGAAAUUACAAAUAUGUUAUGCUUGCCGCCAAUUCUGAUGUGAAAGGCCAGAGUGACUAUAAGAAAUUUGAAAAGGCUCGUGAGCUGAAAGGGCACAUCGAUCGUAUCCGCAAGGACUAUCAGAAGGCCUUGAAGUCUGAGCUGAUGGUGGAGCGGCAAAAGGCUACAGCGGUCUAUCUCAUUGACCAGUUCGCUCUUCGUGCUGGGAACGAGAAGGGGGAGGAUGAGGCCGAGACGGUUGGCUGUUGUUCAUUGAAAUAUGAGAAUGUGACCCUGAAGCCGCCGAACACCGUUGUAUUCGACUUCUUGGGUAAAGAUAGUAUCCGGUUUUACGACGAAGUCAGUGUCGACCCGCAGGUAUUCAAAAAUCUGAAAAUCUUCAAGAAGGCACCCAAGAAAGAAGGCGAUGAGAUUUUUGACCGACUAACCACGUCCGCUCUGAACAAACAUCUCUCAGUUUACAUGCCAGGGCUCACUGCCAAGGUGUUCCGUACUUAUAAUGCUUCCCAUACAAUGAGUACAUUGCUUAAGGAGAUGAAAGCGACGGGUACGGUGGCCGAGAAAGUCAAGGCGUAUAACGAUGCAAAUCGCAAGGUUGCCAUUCUUUGCAACCACAAACGUACUGUUGGCGCGGCCCAUACUAACCAGAUGGAGAAAUUGAGUGAGCGAAUCAAAGGUCUACGCUACCAAAAAUGGAGACUCAAGCAGAUGAUGCUCGCUUUGGAACCCAGCCUCAAGAAGAAGAAAGGCGCAGCGUUCUUCUCAUUGGAUGAGGAUAUGACUCAAGAAUGGAUACAAGAACACCAAGCCUUCUUGCUCGAAGAGCAACGACAGAAAAUUCAGAAGAAAUUUGAGAAAGAGAACGAAAAGCUCUCAGCAGAUGGAGAAAAGGAGAUGAAAGCGAGCGAGCUCGAGGAGCGACUGAAGGCUGUCAAAGAGACCGAGAAGAAAUUUAAUAAAGAGAACAAAACCGGCAAAGUUGAGCCUGAGGGUAGAGGCCCAACCGUUGAGAAGCUGGAGAAUUCCCUUGCGAAAUUAGAGCAACGCAUUGAGACGAUGUCUCUUCAGGCCCAAGAUAAAGAAGACAAUAAAGAGGUUGCGUUGGGAACCUCUAAGAUAAAUUAUAUCGAUCCUCGUCUUACUGUUGUUUUCUCCAAGAAAUUCAACGUCCCGAUCGAAAAGUUUUUCUCCAAGUCCCUUCGGGAGAAGUUCGAAUGGGCCAUCAAAUCCGUUGACGAGAAUUGGGAGUUUUGAUCGCGGAGCGGCAUUUCGGCAUCUUGGGCAGUGCGCACUUAGUAGAACUGUGCUUUUUUUUAACUUCCUUGUCUGCUUCUCGUUUCAGCGCUUGCUCCUGUUUCUUUUUUCCCCAUAGAACCUUAACAAGAAAAAGAUCUUCAUUGCCAACAACACAACAUUCUACAAACAACAGGAAACAUUUCAGGGUUUUUGUUUUGAUUCUAAAGUUGCUUCGAUACAGCUUUUAAAUUCCUUGAAAGAAAAGAAGUUUCAGUUGAAUACAAUAAGUUUAGAAUUCUACUUACUAUGUUGUUCUCCGCACUGCACUGUACGAAAAAUCAUGCAUGUACAUUCCAUGAGCUGAUUGUGUAUUUCUUAAAGAAUUCACUCAUUUAUCAGCCCUACUAUCCUUCAAGGGAUCGUCUUCUCUGGAGUAUCACUGCUGUCAGGCUGUAGACCCGUGCAUUGACCCACUGUUCUUCAGGGAUACGCUGUA